CGUGCUGUGCCUAUUCUCACAUAGCUGUCUGCUUCAGGCCGUGCUGUGUUGGUAUGGGGGAUGGGGCAAGCAAUCUCCAGCUCCUUGGGGUCUUUUUUUUUUUUUUUGGUUAAGCCAUUGCCUAGCAACUGCAACAGGAGCACAGCAAGCCAUGGCGUCCUCCAAGGCAGAAAGCAGCUUUUUUUAUGAGAGUGAUGACUUCACCUUUGACGAGAGGAGCUCUGUAUAUGAGAUGCAGCUGGAGAGGCUGAGAAAAGAUGGAAAGAAAUCCCUCCUCCACAGGCUGAUCUUUCUGGCUAAGAUCUCACCAGACCUGGCUGAUAAAAGAUAUUUGGCCGAGUACUGGGAACAACUGUUUCUGAAUUUGCAACGCCAGUAUUGUCAGGGAGUAGGGGUCACCGGCCUCUUGCUUCUCUACCCUACCUAUGUUAUACACAUACUAGAGUCAUCCAGUGAUGUGCUCUACUCUGUCCUAAGGGAUCUGAGGGACACUGAAGAGCAGAAGAGAGUGCUAGUCCUGGAUGCCAAGAUCCUGGUUAUGUCCCACAAUCUUCCUGCUCGACUCUUCCCACAGUGGAGCUAUAAAGUGUUGAAUCUACCGGAGAGAUACCUGAACUAUGAGACUUUUCAUGAGGAGCCGGUGGAGGCUACUAUUUCUGAAUGCCUCGCUACACUCUUGAAAUUGGGCAAACAUCUGCUAAGGUAUCCCAAGAGCCCUAAGAACUUACCAGACCAUUUCUUGGAAAAAGUCCCAGAGUUCAUUGUUUCCCAAGACACCAUUGGUUUCCUCCUGGAGUGUCAAGAGUUAUUGAAACCAGCUCAGUUCCUGCAUUUAUUUGAAUCUCCUCUGAAUAUCCAGAUGGACUCAGACAGCAUGUAUCCUUUGUCAGAUCGGUUAAAACUCCAUCUUGAUUGGGCUGCUUUGAAGGAGGUUUUGAAGGAAAAAAAGUCUUUGUGACGUCUGGAACGUAGUAUUGAUAGAAAUGUCAGAUGGCAUACUUGAAAUUCCAAUAAUGAAGAAUGAUAAUCAAUGUGACUACUUGUAAUUUUUUGAGAUAAUUGAUUUUUUAAAUAAAAUAUGUCUUCUCUCUUUCAGAA